AUGCUUCGCGGCCAGACCCUUCCCUGGAGAGCUGCGCUCCAUCAAACACCUCGGCCUUUACUUCGCAGACCAUUCCUCGUGUCGCCGAGGAGCAAUGUAACCUUCCGAUCGGUAUUAUCUUCGACCCGCGUUGGGCAUCCAUUCCUUUUUAAUCCCCGCACCUUCUCUUCUAAUUCUAUCCUACGGAAAGAGAAACCCUCACCAGAGGAACAGAAGGACGAGCCAGAACAGAAGGAAGAGGAUGGGACAGAACAUGAUGCUAAGGCAGAUCAAUCCCCGGAUGCCAGGAGAAAAGCGCCUGACUCCGGACGUAACGCUGCGACGGCAGAACAAACGGGUUCCUCGCGGAGGAAGGACCGGCCAUCGAGUGAUAAAGAGGAUCGGGCAUUAGAUUGGGAAGCGAAGAAGGAUGCAAAUGCACAGGAUAGCAAGGGAAACUCAAACGACGCACCAUCUCCGAUUCCGCCUAGUGAUGGCCCGACUGAUUCGAAACCCAGUUCCGCAAGCAGUGGUGGUAGUGGCGGUAAUGAUGACAGUGGAAAGAGGGGGAAGAAAGGCUCUGGAGACAAGGCUCUGCAGAAACCCUCUGUUCCCGAUGUAUACCCGCAAGUGAUGGCGAUCCCCAUUGCCAAGCGUCCGCUGUUCCCUGGAUUCUAUAAAGCAAUCACUAUCCGUGACCCAAAUGUUGCAGUUGCGAUUCAGGAUAUGAUGAAGCGGGGUCAGCCGUACGUUGGCGCAUUUCUGUUCAAAGAUGAUAAUGCCGAUGGUGACGUGAUUGGAAACCUGGACGAUGUGUACGAUACUGGAGUGUUUGCUCAAAUCACGGCUGCAUACCCCCUACGCGGUGAGUCUAGUGGUGUGACGGCUGUUUUAUAUCCCCACCGUCGCAUCAAAAUCUCUUCGCUUCUUCCUCCAAGCGAGACUACCAAGGGUAGCGUCCCGGAGGACAAGACUACCGAAAAACGAGGCGAUGUGGUGACUAGUUUUGAAGAAGGAGCUGUCGAGAAUGCUCCCAAGGACCACUAUGAACCAACCUCCUUCCUUAGGAAAUACCCCGUCAGUCUGGUCAACGUUGAGAAUUUGACCGAGGAACCGUACGAUAAGAAGGCUGGAAUUGUUCGUGCCGUCACUAGCGAAAUCGUCAAUGUCUGUAAAGAAAUUGCGACUUUGAAUCCACUGUUCCGUGACCAGAUCUCUGCUUUCUACACAGAUCAGUUCCCUGGAAACCUCAGCGAUGAACCCUCUAAGCUGGCUGAUUUCGCCGCGGCGGUAUCGGCUGGUGAACUCCACGAGAUGCAGGAAGUUCUUGAGACUAUGAACAUCGAAGAACGUCUUCCUAAGGCGCUUGUCGUUUUGAAGAAGGAGUUGAUGAAUGCGCAGCUACAGUCUAAGAUUACAAAAGAUGUGGAGGCUAAGAUUCAGAAGCGUCAGCGCGAAUAUUGGCUGAUGGAGCAGAUGAAAGGCAUCAAGAGAGAGCUCGGAAUCGAGUCAGAUGGUAAGGAUAAGUUGGUAGAGAAGUUUAAGGAGAAGGCAGAGAAGCUUGCGAUGCCAGAGGCUGUCAAAAAGGUCUUUGACGAAGAAAUUAAUAAGCUGGCUCACCUCGAGCCCGCCGCAUCGGAGUUCAACGUGACUCGCAACUACCUGGAUUGGCUAACCCAAAUCCCCUGGGGUCAGAAGAGUGUGGAGAACUUUGGCAUCAAGAACGCGGUCACCGUCUUGGAUGAGGACCACUUCGGCUUGAAGGACGUGAAGGAUCGCAUCCUUGAAUUUAUUGCCGUGGGCAAGCUUCGCGGAACUGUCGAAGGAAAGAUCCUUUGCCUUGUUGGACCUCCCGGCGUGGGUAAGACCAGUAUCGGCAAGUCCGUGGCUCGCGCUUUGAACCGCCAGUACUAUCGUUUUUCCGUCGGUGGGUUGACUGACGUUGCCGAAAUCAAGGGUCAUCGACGAACCUACGUUGGCGCACUUCCUGGUCGAAUUAUCCAGGCCUUGAAGAAGUGCCAGACCGAGAACCCUCUAAUUCUUAUCGAUGAGAUUGACAAGAUUGGCCGUGGCCACCAAGGCGAUCCUUCAUCUGCCCUGCUGGAACUCCUUGACCCGGAGCAGAACUCUUCUUUCUUGGACCACUACAUGGAUGUUCCCGUCGACCUGUCGAAGGUGCUUUUCGUCUGUACAGCAAACGUCACCGAUACUAUUCCUCGCCCAUUGUUGGAUCGUAUGGAGUUGAUUGAGUUGUCUGGAUAUGUGGCUGAUGAAAAGAUGGCUAUUGCUCAACGAUACCUUGCACCCGCCGCUCGAGAGUUGGCUGGCCUGAAGGAUGUCGAUGUGGAUCUCACACAGGACGCGAUUGAGGAGCUGAUCAAGUCUUACUGCCGAGAGAGUGGUGUCCGCAACCUUAAGAAACAGAUUGAGAAGGUCUACCGAAAGGCAGCCUUCAAGAUUGUCCAGGAUCUCGGAGAGGAGGCGUUUCCCGAGGAAGAGGCCUUGACGGACGAGGGCAAGGCUGCUCAGGAAGAAGCUAGGGAGCACGAUUCCUCUGAUCCUGCCAAAGCCCCCGCUGAUCCCGAAAAGUCGACUGCUGAGACUCCUCGUAUUGCCCUUAAGGUUCCUGAAAGUGUGGAGUUGAGCAUUGGCAAGGAUACUUUGAAGGACUACGUCGGACCUCCCGUGUUUACUUCUGAUCGUCUGUACGACAGAUUCCCACCAGGAGUCACCAUGGGUCUUGCCUGGACUAGCAUGGGUGGUGCGGCACUUUACGUGGAGUGUAUCUUGGAGAAUGCCUUGACUCAUCGCUCGCGGCCGGGAUUAGAGAUUACUGGCAAUCUGCAAAACGUGAUGAAGGAAUCGACGCACAUCGCUUACUCAUUCGCCAAGUCGGUCAUGGCCAAGCAAUUCCCCGAGAAUGAGUUCUUUGAGAAGGCCAAGAUCCAUCUUCACUGCCCCGAGGGUGCUGUUCCUAAGGACGGCCCUUCGGCUGGUAUCACCAUGGCUAGCGCCCUACUCUCAUUGGGUCUCAACCAUCCGCUUAACCCGACUGUUGCCAUGACUGGUGAGUUGACUGUCACUGGUAAGGUUCUGCGCAUCGGUGGCUUGAGAGAGAAGACAGUGGCUGCUCGCCGUGCUGGUGCUACCAAGGUUAUCUUCCCUGCCGACAAUACUUCUGACUGGCUUGAACUACCCGAGAACAUCAAGCAGGGAAUUCAGGGCCAUCCGGUCAGCUGGUACUCCGAAGUGUUUGAGAUUCUCUUCCCCAAUCUUGAUCAAGAAGCUGUCCGCACUGUCUGGCAGAAGGCACUCAGCAAGCCCGAAAAGGGAGAGCGUGGUGAUGACGAUUGA